CUUCUAUAAGAGGAUAGGCGAAAUGCAAGACUCCCGGGAUAUGGGAUAAAGGCUACUCUUUUAAGGGAAAUUGAAAGAAACUGUUAAAGAUAGAGUUCAUUGUAAUUGUAACUUCAUUUUCCCUUCUUUAGCAAAGGUAAGAAAGCGAUGACUAGUAGAUCCGGGGUACCUAGAAAGCGAAAAAAUGUUCCCAUGGUCAUGAUUGUUGACUAAACCGCCCUUUCUCUGAUUCCUCUUGCCGACUCUGAACUAACUCAUGCUUGAAUGUGAACAAGCGAUAGUACAGAAAGCAGCAUUAUAAUGAUUUGAUUACCUUCUUCCCUUCCUUAUAGUAGGAAUUCUCUCUCGAACCCUGGGCAAGGAACCCGAUAAAAGCUUUAGUUAAAAGCUUUCAGCGUCUUCUUGCUCUUCUUUCAUGAGAAGUUGUGAUCAGCUUAGCAAUAAAGAGCUCUUCUUUAGCGAAAGUCGGAUUCGGAUUCUGCUUGAGCGGCCUUCUCUCUCUAAAGGGAAGCUUUCACGUGGCAAUCGAGCUGCCAUUGAUGGAGAAAAUCCUGCUAUAAAAAGGGAGUUGGCAGAGGUAGAAUCGGCAUCUGUCUCGCCUGCUGGAAAGCUUGACUUGGCUAUUGAAAUAAGCAGCAGAUUUAUCAAAUCAACUUAAUUAAGGAGAAUCCGUUCUUGGAAGAAUUUCUACUAUAAAGGAGUUCUCAUACCCAGUGAAAUGAUUAAGGAAUUUUCCCGCCUCAAGGGAAUGCUUGAAAUAAGCUUCUGUCGUUAGAACGAGAAUAGCUCAAGUGGAAUCUCUUUCUUUUUGGAGGGUUCCGGAAUUGAUAGAUCUAGAGGAAGAUUAAUGUGCAACAGUCUCUUUCCUCCCUCUUCUCUUUCUGCCUUUAUGUUGGGAAAGCGAGGGUCAAAGCCAAUCAUACUCCAACAGGGAAAGCAAAGCUAGUCCCUUCAGAAAUCAGUCUCGUUUAGUUUGUCGUAGGAUGACGGGUUACCGGUCAUAAAGAAACGAGUCCCUUUCGUACUCGGCCCAGGGCCACGAUCCUUUGCAAAACCUCCUGCCUCUUGACACUUGACUGGAGAGCUGCUGGAACUAUAUACGCUAUUACUAUCAAGCAAUUAGAGACAAGCAGGGUUAGAACCUUCAAAGAGCCGUAUCUCUGUCCUCUAAACCGUUCAAAAAUCUAUCCCAGAUAUACUGAAUC